GGUAGGCGGCUCUUUGUCGAAGCUAGAGGACCGGCAGGCGGCAGCAGCAACUACGGCGGCGGCGGCAGAACCCAGCAGUGAUGUGGAGGUGGAGACCCACCGGAGCCCCGGACUUCACCUGAGCUACCUCAGCAGUCACCAAGGGUGGCAAGAAAAAGAAGAAAGCCCUGAUUUGGGGGGGACCAGGAUGCCAGACCGGGACAACUAUGCGAACGGCACUGGGAACAGCGGUGGAGGCCCCGGAGGUGGUGGCAGCGAGGAGGCCAGUGGGGCAGGGGCAGGCAGUGGCGGGGCCAGCUCAGAUGCCAUAUGUAGAGACUUCCUGAGGAACGUGUGCAAGCGAGGCAAGCGUUGCCGCUAUCGUCAUCCAGACAUGAGCGAGGUGUCCAACUUGGGAGUGAGCAAAAAUGAGUUCAUCUUCUGCCAUGACUUCCAGAACAAGGAGUGUAGCCGCCCAAACUGCCGAUUCAUCCACGGCUCCAAGGAGGACGAAGAUGGCUAUAAGAAGACGGGAGAGCUUCCCCCUCGGCUAAGGCAGAAGGUGGCAGCUGGCCUAGGCCUUUCACCAGCUGACCUCCCCAACGGCAAGGAGGAGGUUCCUAUCUGCCGGGACUUUCUCAAGGGUGACUGCCAGAGAGGAGCCAAGUGCAAGUUCCGUCAUCUGCAGCGGGAUUUUGAGUUUGAUGCUCGCGGUGGAGGCGGCACUGGUGGUGGGGGCUCCGUGGGCCCAGUUCCCCCAGGACGACGUCAUGAUCUCUAUGAUAUCUACGACCUCCCUGACAGGGGCUUUGAGGACCAUGAGCCAGGCCCCAAGCGUCGGCGAGGUGGGUGCUGCCCCCCAGAUGGCCCCCAUUUUGAGUCAUAUGAAUAUAGCUUGGCUCCACCUCGCGGAGUGGAGUGUAGACUGCUAGAGGAGGAGAAUGCCAUGCUCAGGAAGCGAGUAGAGGAGCUCAAGAAGCAGGUCAGCAACCUGCUGGCUACCAAUGAGGUCCUGCUGGAACAGAAUGCCCAGUUCCGAAAUCAGGCCAAGGUCAUGACCCUGAGCUCUACUGCACCAGCAACUGAGCAGACUCUGGCCCCCACUGUGGGCACUGUCGCCACUUUUAACCAUGGCAUUGCCCAGACUCACACUACUCUCAGUAGCCAGGCUCUACAGCCUCGCCCCGUGUCCCAGCAGGAACUGGUGGCCCCUGCUGGAGCUCCAGCUGCUCCCCCAGCAAAUGCUGCCCCUCCUGCUGCUCCACCACCCCCACCCCCACACUUGAACCCAGAGAUCACACCACUGUCAGCUGCUCUGGCUCAGACAAUUGCCCAGGGAAUGGCACCCCCACCUGUCUCCAUGGCUCCUGUGGCUGUGUCUGUGGCCCCGGUGGCCCCUGUGGCGGUCUCCAUGGCCCAACCCUUGGCAGGUAUCACAAUGAGCCACACCACCACUCCCAUGGUGACUUACCCCAUCGCUUCCCAGAGCAUGCGUAUCACAGCCAUGCCACACUGAUGGGGCUCACGGACAUUCCCCUGGUAUUGUCUCCCAGGGUUAGGAUCAAGGGUCCUUACCCUCUCUCCUAGCUCUCCAGGCUCUGUCUGAAGGGCUCAUUCAAGAACUAGGACAAGAGACUACAAGGAGUUUGCUUCUGAGAAGGAGCUGAGCAGGUGUUUUGUCCACUUCCCUUUUAUGAGGGUCCUCUUGUCCAUCUUCUUCAAGCCCUACACAAGAAGGGGCUUGUGUAGGCGACUGAAGCCAGCAGAGAGGAAGGACUGACUGAGGGGCCCCGUGUCCCCUGAUGGGAAGUUGGGGACACCCCUGUCUUGUCCCACUUCUGCACAGCCCAGGUUUCAGCACUGACCUGGAAGAAAAAAUAUUCAGCCCAGAGGGAAAGCCAGAAAAGAUUGGGAAGCAGGUGACCAGGAAAGAAGGCCUGAUAGGAACCUUCAGACAAUUUUGGGCCUAGUUGAGUUGGACAAUACAGGAACUACUCCUGGGCCCCUGGGAAGGCGGGGACCAUAGUGCUCCAGCCCCAAAGAUGAGGGGAACACUCAUUACCUUGGUUUGGCCUGGAAAUCCAUAGGGCAGGGCCCACCACUUUCCAAAGAAAUAAAAGAACAAUUAUUUUUAACAAAUGGAGGCAGUUGCUUAGCUAUUGUGUGGAAUAUGGGAACAGUAACUAGACCUCAUGCCAAAACGGGAUAAAGACCUAGCUCUCAAAAUGGGUAAGGAUGGCUAGAGACCAGUGAAAAGGGAAUCAGAACCCAGGAAAAAACAAAAUGGAGUUUUGGGGAAGGCACUUUGUGGGUAACAAAAUUAUAGUCACCUAAUCUAGUUUAAAAAUAGUCCCAUCUGUUUCUGAUUUCUAUCUGCAUGUACUAUUCCCAGGUUGCCUUAGUAACCAGGGCUCUUAGGGUCAUUUAGGGGGGCAGGUACUAAGGAAGGGUGUGUGUGCUGGGAAGUGAGAAUGGGAUAUGUAUUAAAAGAUCGUCCCCUUAUUCAAACAGCUGAGCAGGUGGCAUUUUGCUCUCUGAGUGUUGAUGGCAGUGUCCCUCCUAACCCAUCCCUUUCUCAGUUACCAAUGCCUUAAGCCUUCAGGGCAUGGGAGCUGCUGGGAGAAGGAGAGUUCUUCUCGGGACACAAGCACAAGGUUUACCUCUUACAUCCUUCCUUCAUAUAGGACCAGUUUUAAGUCAAGUCAUUAAGGCCAGAAACCUCAGUCAUCGGUCCUCAGUUCUUCCUCAGCUCAUGGCUGAUGUACACGAAAUAACUCAGGUGUCUAGUCUAAUGGGGGUGGAGAAAGUGAUCCUGAGUGUGUGUGUGUGUGUGUGUGUGUGUGUGUUUGUUCCCCA